AUGGGCAUCUUUGGAAAACGUCGCGAGGCGGCACCCACAGGCCCUGCUGCCACCGGCCAUGCCAACGGCCACCAUCACGGCGUCUCCAGCAAACGUCGCGGCGCUGAGCCCUACUCCAUGUCCACCCGCCCCAGCUUCGGACAAUGGCUCAAGGGCACCCUCAUCGACAUAAUCACCAUGAUCUGCAUGGGCGCUAUUGGUCUCGGAAUCUACAUGGCCCCUCCCGCCCCGAACCGCUCCUUCGCCGUCACCUUCUCCGAUGGUGAAGUCGUCUACCCCCAAUUCGCCUACCCUCUGCGCAAGGAAGUUGUCCCCAUCUGGCUCGCUGCCUUCCUCGCUUCCGUCAUCCCCAUCUGCAUUAUCCUCCUCAUGCAGAUCCGCAUCCGUUCCUUCUGGGACGUCAACAACGCCGUCAUCGGCCUCCUCUACUCCCUCAUCUGUGCCGCCGUCUUCCAGGUCUUCCUCAAGUUCCUCAUCGGCGGCCUGCGCCCCCACUUCCUUGAGGCCUGCCAGCCCGACCUGUCACGUGUCACCAGCAGCCAGGGCGGCAUCGCCCGUACCGGCUACAGCGCCGCCGGUUUCCAGAACUUAUAUGUCACCAAGGAGGUAUGCACCGGCGACAUAAAGGAGAUCAACGACUCUCUCGAGAGUUUCCCCAGUGGACACACCACCGCUGCCUUUGCUGGCUUCGGUUACCUCUACCUAUACCUCAACGCAAAGUUCAAGGUCUUUUCCGACUACCACCCCGCCAUGUGGAAGCUCAUCAUCACCUACAUCCCCAUUCUCGGUGCCGUCCUCAUCGGUGGUGCGCUUACCAUUGACGAAUUUCACAACUGGUACGAUAUCUUCGCCGGUGCCGCCAUUGGAACCACGUUUGCCUUCUCCUCCUACCGCAUGACCUACGCCGCCAUUUGGGACUUCCGCUUCAACCACAUUCCCCUGAACCGCGGCCAGGCUUUCAACUACGGCACUGAGGCUGAGCUCUACGAUGCCGUCUUCACCCGCAAGGCCGGCUGGGGCAAGCGCGGUAGUGGUGGUAUCUUGCACCACGAUAAGCACCACGGUCAUGGUUAUGGUGCUUCCACUGGCAUGCACGGUACUGGCGCUGGUGUUAACGACUACGGCGAGGCUGUUGGAUCUCGCAAGCCUGUUGGGUCCGGAUCCCGCCACCCCGAUGCGAUGGUUUGA